CUCCAUAUAAACCAGGCAUUAAAUUCGUCGUGGCCCUAUUUUCGUGAGCAAGAAACAACGACUAGUUGAUCAAUCUAAUAGGUGCAAAACAACUAGGUUCUUUCAAGAAUCCUUAAAAAUAAGACAUUCUUAUCGAUUUUGAUUUUAUCCGUAUCUCUUCAACUUACUAACUGCAAGAAAAAAAUGUCGGGAGCAGGAGUGUCAGCGGGCGUGCACCCGGCUUGCGGUAGCAGCAAGCUGGUGCACUUGUGGGAAGCUGAGACACCGGAAGGAGUGAAGGUGGAGCGCACAACUGUGCCGCUUACGCAGAGCGUUCGUGUCGAGACUUGCGGUCGUGGUUUCUUCGCUGAGUUCGAAACCCCGAAGGUCAUCGUGGAAGAGGAUAUUCUCAGUGAGAGCACGGAGGCUGCCGCUUCUCCGUCCAAGCGCCAGCAAGGCACUGGAGAACCGGGAAAGAAAAGCCACUUCACCAAGGCCGGAAUUUUCAAACUGGAUGAUAACUUGAAGGGCGUGGAGCUCUACAAAUUUCUGCAGGUUCCAGAAGACGCUAGCGAGAAAGAAAUCACCAAAUCCUUCCGUAGCCUGUGCCUCGUGUAUCACCCGGAUAAAGUACAAGCAGGAACAGAAGAAGAGGCGAACAAGGAGUUUCUCAAGCUUCAAGAAGCGUACUAAAACUCUUUUCCGUUAUGACGCUUUGUGAAUUAUUGUUCUCUUUCCUUCGUGGAACGAAUCGCGUUGUAGCCUUGCUUUGCAACUACUAGAAGUUCGUGUCAUUCUUACGGUACAUCACCAUCACGUUAUGACUACUUAUUUGAGUCAACAUAGAAUUACAGUCUGCUAUUACCAACACCAUUAAUGAUAUUUUCAUCAGGUAUGACAUUCUUUUGGACCCAAUCCGUCGUCGCAAGUACGACAGCAGUCGGCCGUUUGACGAUGACAUUCCGAAGGAAGCGGACUGCGAGGCUGGUCUUACUGACGAUGAGUUUUUCGAGCUGUUCGACGAGGUCUUCAAGCGCAAUUCCAAGUGGUCCGUCAAGCAGCCGGUGCCACAGUUGCCGGCGUUCCAGCCGGAGCUGCAGGAGGACACCCCCGAGUACGAAAAGUACAUGCAGACGGUGCAGAAGUUCUACAAGUUCUGGACCGGCGAUUUUGAGAGUUGGCGUGACUUCGAUCUCCGCAUCAUCGAGGAGGAAGGUGAGGACGCGUUGGACGACCCGGGAAAGGCGGAGUACCGUGAGGAGAAGCGCUACAUUGAACGCCAGAACGCACGCAUUCGCCAAAAAUACCGCAACAACGAGAGCGCGCGUCUGCUGGAGCUCGCCGAGCGAGCCGAAAAGUGGGAUUCCCGCAUGCGCCUUCUGCGCGACCAGGCCUGGGCGCGCAAGAAUGCUGGCAAGGAAGCGCGACGCAAGGAGAAGGAGGAGCGCGAACGCAAGGAAGCCGAGGAAAAAGCGGCCCGCGAGGCCGCGGAAAAAGCUGCCGAGGAGCAGCGCAAGAACGACAAAGCGGCGAAGGAAGAGGAGAAGAACGCGUUGAAGGUUGUGCGCCGAGACUUGCGCCAACUCGCCAAGCUUCACGCAAAAACGGUGUCCGCAGAGCAGUUUCAGGAAGUCCUGUUGCAAUUGAAGAGCCGCGAUGAGAACGAAAAGUUGCUGCAAGAUCUCACUGACGAGCUCACAAAAAUGGGGAACCUCGAGUCGGGAAUCACCCUGGUAUACACAGACUAUGCUUGCUGAGAAUGAAAAAUAAGGGAAAAGAAUCAUGAUCCUCAGAGAAGUAAACUACCAUCUUACGACGACCUUCCUUGGAACAUCUCCUCGUCCUCUUCAUCACACUCUUAUUCUAAACAUUGAAUUUUUUUGUAGGUUCCGCGAUUGUGUGCUUUGGUUCGUGAGCAUCUGUCCCAGGAACCGAUCAUGGUCGACCCUCCAGUUGAGACCCCGGCAGUAAACAACGCCGCGGCCUUCGCCGAGUCCGCGCCAGCGAAGCAGAAGGGAAACAAGAAGAACAACAAAAAGAACAACAAGAAGGGAGGUGCCGCUGACGAGAACGAGGACGCCGAGGAAGAUCGCGCUGACGCGAUGGAACGGGUUCUGGAUGCCGAGGCGGAAGCUAAGCGCCACGCAGAAAGCGAAAAGAAGAAAAAGGCGUUGGCCGAAAAGCGCAAGCAGGAAGAGGCUGCGAAGAAGCGCGCGGAGGAUCAGGCGCGUAAGAAAGAAGCCGAAAAGGCCAAGAAAGCUGAGGCAGCAGCAGCCAAGAAAGCUGAGGAAGAACGUGCCAAGAACGAAGCGAUGCGACAGAAGCACCUGGUACACAAAAAAUACUUGCCUGCGUGUCUCGUCAAAGAUAAAGAAUAUAUCAAACGAGUUCAUCAUCUUCACAAUACUUUCCCAAAAGGUCUUGGUCUUCUCUACGUAUUCCUCGAGAUGAAAAGAAGAAUUGAACUUUCGAAUCACAUCAACACUCACAACAGGAGGAAGCAGCGCGUGCUAAGGCCGAGGCUGAGCAGGAACGCAUGAGCGAAGUCCUCUCGAAGCGCUUCGGACAGGUUCGCGAAGAACAGCUUGCUCAAUACGACAAGACGAUUGAGGAUCAGGGCAUUGACGCUGUCCUGAACCAAGUGAAGACCGAGUUGGCAGACGGACUCCACGAAGCUUGGGUUCGCAACAUGACGGAGAGAGCGGGUGCUGGUAAAAAUCAGUUUUUUUGAGGAAAACUAGAAUUGAUGGGCAUCGCAUUCGGAAGCAGUGUAUACAUAGCUAGAAAAUUCACAAAGUCCCUGCUUUUUUUGUUGAAAUUAUUUUUCUUCGCGACAGCUAAGCGACCUAGUACAUGAUCAAAUAACAUUUUUGAUCUCUAACAACAAUAACAGAUUCCACUCCUGAAAGCCGACUUGAGAUGACAUUGGAUGUGCAGGCUUGCUUGGUUGCAAACUUCACGAAGUACAGAUUUUUUGAGAUAGCUGUGCGACCGACGGCUAUGAUGACGCAUCUGACUGUGGCCAACAGUCUUCGUAACCGUAUGAAGAAGUUGCGCGAAGCCCUGCGCAAGGGCUUGCGAGCACAGCUGCCGUGCACCGGACACAGCCCGAAUUCGAAGCAGUCAAAGAAAUUCUCGAACGCCCAGAUGGAACAAAUCCUCAACGGCGUUCUCCCGGAACAGCUUUGGCAACAAGCGGACUUCGUAGAUGAUCCGGCGACCACAAGCAAGGGAGAGCCGGCGAGCAAGGCGGCAGCACCAGAUACGGCAGCAAGUGCCGAGCAGGCAGCUCCGCCAGCGUCGGGUAAGGCUCCGAAGAAAAAGGCUAAGGCGGCGAAGAAGGAAGAAGAGGAAGACCUGGACGCUAUCUUCGCGGAGCUAGGUAUCGAGGAGAAGGGCAAGAAAAAAAAGGGAAAGAAGUAAGCAGAAAACUGUUACAACAACCUCUGGUUAUGGAGGCAAUCGCGCCCUUAUCAACUGAGGAUCUCGACGUUGUAAACACUGAGCGGCGUUUUCCCAAAAAUGAGCUCGGUUUGUCACCAGAUUUUUCAUCUGGGUCACAACUCAAUACUUUAUAUAUUUAAAGUGAAUGCAAACGAUGAAAAUUUUCGUCCUGAAGAUGAUCAUGCACGAUACGUAGGUAAAAACUUACUUUUAUCUAUGAGACACCGGGACGAGUAUGCUCAUCGAUCUCUGUAACUGCAACCAAGAAUUUGUUAUUAUUAUCGCAUACUCACUUCUACUUCGUAUGCACUGACACACACGCAACACUUUUUCUAGUGGGCUGCUGUGAGUUACCUGAUCGAUUUGACACUGCUCACUGCGCAUCAUUUUCUGGUUUUAAUGACCUCGCCCACAUUGUAGUCCAGCACGAUAGGGUGGCCAAACUUUUUAUGAACUUGUUUUUGUUAUUGUUGUUCAAAUCACCUUCAUUAUGACGACGAAUAAAUGACGAGGACAUAUCAACGAUAAUGAAUAAUAUUUAUGAUAAGGGACGCUUAUAAUUAUAUCAGCAUUACACCGAAAUGCAAUUGCAACGAUUUCUAUCACCUGUUAUCUGAAUCUCAACGACAAAGCAACAACAACUGUAAUCCGAUCCCCCACACGGGGGCUGACAGCGGCAAAUUAAUAGCGUGUUCACGAGAAGGUGCAUUCACUGUUAUAGUUAAAUCAUGAACAAGUUACCUGCGG